GCCUCCUCCCCUCUCCUGCUCCUGUCCCCUUUCACCCCAUCCCUGCCCCGGCUCUGCAGACAUGAGGGUCUUGGCCUGCCUCCUCGCGGCUCUGAUGGGGAUCCAGGCUGUUGAGCGGCUGCGUCUGGCCGACGGUCCCCACGGGUGCGCUGGCCGCCUGGAGGUGUGGCACGGCGGGCGCUGGGGGACCGUGUGUGACGACGGAUGGGACCUGCGCGACGCCGCCGUGGCCUGCAGGGAGCUGGGCUGCGGGGGGGCGCUGGCUGCCCCCGGAGGCGCCUUCUUCGGGGAGGGCGCGGGGCCUGUGUGGCUGAGUGAGCUGGCCUGCCGGGGUAGCGAGGGGCAGCUGGGUCUCUGCCCCCACCGGGGCUGGAAGGCCCACAUCUGCUCCCAUGAGGAGGACGCCGGCGUCGUCUGCGCAGGUCAGCGUGUGGCCACCUGGAGGGACAGGGACGAUCCACCUUCGAUCCUGGAUGGGGACUCCUGGCUGGGGCUGGCUGGCGAGCUGAGCCCCAGCUCUGAGGAGCCCCCCGUGACCCACGCCCCUCGCCCAGCUGGGAGCCCCCAGACCAGCUCCCGGAAGAAAAGCCCCCGGCCCAAGCAGGCCAAGUCCACCAGGGCCCCUUUGCUGACUGCUGGAGCCCCCCGCCAGGAGCGGCUGCGCGUGGUCUCCGGCCCCCACGGGUGCUCGGGCCGGCUGGAGGUGUGGCACGGCGGGCGCUGGGGGACCGUGUGCGACGACGGAUGGGACCUGCGCGACGCCGCCGUGGCCUGCCGGGAGCUGGGCUGUGGCGGGGCGCUGGCUGCCCCUGGAGGGGCCAGAUUCGGCCCAGGCUCCGGGCCCGUGUGGAUGGAUGACUUAGGAUGCGCAGGCGGAGAGCAGGCCCUGCGGGACUGUCCCCGAAGCCCCUGGGGCCGGAGCAACUGUGACCACAGCGAGGAUGCAGGGCUGGUCUGCACCGGCCCGGCCCCCCGGCUGCGCCUGGCCGAUGGCCCCCACGGGUGUGCUGGCCGCCUGGAGGUGUGGCACGGCGGGCGCUGGGGGUCUGUGUGUGAUGACGCCUGGGACCUGCGCGAUGCCGCCGUGGCCUGCAGGGAGCUGGGCUGCGGGGGUGCGCUGGCUGCCCCCGGAGGCGCCUUCUUUGGGGAGGGGGCUGGACCCAUCCUCCUGGACGAUCUUCGGUGUCGGGGAAACGAGACGGCCUUGCGAUUCUGCCCCUCGCGGCCCUGGGGCCAGCACGACUGCCAUCACCGAGAGGACGCUGGGGCCGUGUGUGACGGUAUGCCUCUGGGAUACGUCCCUCCCACGGCCCCCGCAGUGGACAGCAACAGCUCGACGCCCAGGAAGGUGGCAUCUGGGCCUCCGCCUCCCACAGUGAGCCAGGCCCCAUGGACAGCAGGCAUUUUACCGCCCCCAGUCUCCCCUACUGCCCCUCAGGAGCCUGGGCCUGAAGCUGGGUCCCCCCAGCUGCGCCUGGUGGCCGGGCCCAGCAGGUGCUCAGGCCGGCUGGAGGUGUGGCAUGGCGGGCGCUGGGGGACGGUGUGUGACGACAGCUGGGACCUGCGGGACUCGGCCGUGGUCUGCCGGGAGCUGGGCUGCGGUGGACCUCGGCAGCCAGACCCCACGGCUGGCCGCUUCGGCUGGGGUGCCGGCCCCAUCUGGCUGGACGACGUGGGGUGUGUGGGCACCGAGGCUUCGCUCUUCCAGUGCCCCGCCGCUCCCUGGGGGAAGCACAACUGCGCUCACAAUGAGGAUGUUGGAGUUGCCUGCACAGGGACCCCCGGCCUGGACUCCAUUUCAGACCCCUUCAGUUGGAGCUGGAUCCCUGGCCUGGGUAGAGACCCGGAUGCCUGGCCCCCAGGGGAGCUGGCCACCAAGCCCUCCGCGAGGCUGACCCCCAGUGUCCCCGAGAAGACCGCCACCAAGGCCCCUGGGAAAGUGCCCAAGAGCACGAAGAAGUGGGUGACCAAAACUGCAAAGAGACCCACCACUCAGCCCCCUGUGAUGCCAACCACUAAAUACGCCAGGGCCCUGGGCACCCAGAUGCCCCCCGACCAGACCUCACGGACCACCACAACCCUGACCGCUGAGGCCUCCCGAAGACCACCCUCCGAGUUCACCACAAGGCUCACCACUGAGGCCCCCCACAGGCCGACCUCACACACUACUGCCACGCGGACUCCCCGGACCCCCCGAGAACGGACCUCUAAGACCGUGGCCACGCCAACCACUCAAAGCCCCCGAGAAACGACCUCUGAGGCCGUCAUCAAGCGAAUCCCUCAGGCCUCCAUGGAGCCAUCAGCCGAGAUCCCAGCGGAAGGUUCUCCAGAGUCAUCCAAAGAGCCAGCCCCCUCCCCCACUGGGAGCACGGCUGGGGGAUCCGGCCCGUUCCGGGUUCGUCUGGCCGAUGGGCCCAACCAGUGUGCCGGCCGGCUGGAGGUGUGGCAUGCUGGACGCUGGGGAACAGUGUGUGAUGACAACUGGGACCUGCGGGACAGCACCGUGGCCUGCUGGGAGCUGGGCUGUGGAAGGGUCCGGCCCCGAGUGGGCAAAACCCACUACGGCCCCGGGACCGGGCCCAUCUGGCUGGAUGACGUGGGCUGCAAGGGAAGCGAGACCUCACUGAGUGACUGCCCUGCCAAGGCAUGGGGACAGCACAACUGUGACCACGAGGAGGACGUGGGGCUCACCUGCACUGGCUACGCAGACGAGGAGGAUUAUCCCGCCUGGACCUGGGACCCCACCUCGGGAGAGGACCUGGCCAAGGGGACCACCGCUGCAGGGCCACCUGGACACGCUCUCUCCUCGGGCAGCACCGGGAGGCCAGGGGCCUCCUCCCCAGCAACCAGGUGCCUUCCGGGCACAGGUGACAAGGAUGAUCGUGAGCCUUCCCGGACGUGGGACAUGCUUUCAGGAGGGGCCCUGGCCAGGGAGACCCCCACUGCAGGCACACCUGGACCCACUCUCACCACUGGCACCACCAGGAGCCCAGGCCAUCCCUCUCCAGCUCCAAGGCUCCGUGGGGACACAGGUUCCGCGAGGAAGCUGUGGCCCCAGCGCCGGCUGCUGCGGCCCACGGCGCCCAGGACAGCGGCCCCCGCCGCUUCCCCCGCUCCCCGCGCCCUGCCGGGGACUCCGGGCCCGCCGCAGACCUCCGACUCGGCGCCACUGCUCAUCCCCGACACAGCGUUAACGCCGGAGGUGACCUCUCACCCUCCUGACACUUUGCCACCCAGCCCAGACCCGGCCUCCUGGAUGAACUCUGACCUCACCCGGACAACCUCUGGCCUUACUUUGUCUGCCCCUGAGGCCACCGUGGUUCCAUCACUGACCCCUGAGCUCUCAGCCACCACACCACCCACCUUGCCUAAAGAACUGACCUCUGAUCCCUCUGCACCAGCAGUGGUGACUCACCUUUCCCCUACCUCAGAGCUGACCCCAGAAUCUGACACAACCCCAGGCUGGGACACAACUCCAUACCCCAUCACGGUCCCAGAACAUUCCAGAUCCCCAGACGCCUCCACAAGUCCUCACCCCACUACCACCCUUCACGCCACCAUGACCCCUCACUCCACCAUGACCUCUCACCCCACCACGACCCCUCACUCCACUGUGACUUCUCACUCCACCACGACCCCUCACUCCACCGUGACCUCUCACCCCACCACGAUCUCUCACUCUACUACCACCCUUCCCCCCACCACAACCCCUCACUCCACCAUAAUCUCUUACCCCACUACGACUUCUCACCCCAUCACGACCCCUUAUUCCACCACAACCCUUCACCCCACCACCUCUCCUCAGCCCACAACCACUCCUUAUUCUACCUCAACCCCUCACCCCCCCACGACCCCUCCCCCCACCACGAUCCCUCUCCCCACCACGACCCCUCCCCCCACCACCACCCCUCACCCCACCACCACCCCUCACCCUAUCACCACCCCUCACCCUAUCACAACCCCUUACUCUCCCACGACCCCUCACUCCACCAUGACCUCUCACCCCACCACGACCCCUCACCCAGCCACAACCCCUUACUCCACCAUGACCUCUCAGCGCACGACCACUGCUCAACCCACCACAACCCCUCACCCCAUCACAACCCCUUACCCUGCCAUGACCCCUCACUCCACCAUCACUACUCAGCCCACCAUGGCUCCUGACCUCACCUCAACCCCUAUGAUCACUACCAAGUCCCUUCUAACUUCCUUGGGAACAGAACUUCCCUUUCCUACUCCAGCACCAACAGUACCCAGCCUGCACCCCCAGUUGACCUCCAUGGGGGCCCCUCACCCCUCCACAUCCCAGAUGUUGAACCUAGAGUCCUCUCCAGCCUCAGAGUCCAGCCUCUUCAGGUCCUCUCCAGCUCCAGGCAUGGAUACACCAUCCACUGAGGACUUCAAAUCACCCAGAAGCCAGAGCCCCAAACUAACCCCUCCACCUAGCCAGACCCCACACUCAGCCUCAGACCCCACUAUGACCCCUGACCUCCCCCUGUCCCCCGUGGCCCACCCCUUGGAUCAACCUCCUUCUGACCCCGUCACCCUCAGGCCAACCCCUAGUCAGAGCCCAGGCCCCCUUGGCCCAUGUGUGGCCCCAGUGCCACCUGUAAGGGUCAUGGCUUGUGAGCCGCCUGCCCUAGUAGAGCUAGUGGCUGCUGUGAGGGACGUGAGUGGCCAGCUGCAGAGGCUGACCCAGGCCCUGGAGCAGGACCAGCAGGAGCGCCAGGCCCUGGGACUGGGGCUGAACCAGCUCUUGGAGGCUGCCCGGGGUCUGGGGCAGCUGGGUGAGGUUGUGAAGAGACUGGCAGAGGUGGUCUGGCCCCCAAGCACAGCUGCAACAACCACCACCACCCCAGAGGAGGAAGAGAGGCCUCUGAGGGGAGACGUGUGACCCUAUCUGGGUUUUGAGGGGCUUAAGACACUCCCAACAGAAAAGGAAAACCAAAGUAUCUAAUUAAAAACAAGAUGUGAAUGACGUUUCUGGGGGACUAGGGGAACCCUGGAGAGAUGGAA